AUGCUUUUAUUUUUAUUAAGUAUUAUUGCAAAAAUUCUUGGUAUUGUUGUUCCUUUACUUGUUGCUGUAGCAUAUUUAACACUUGCUGAACGAAAAGUAAUGGCUUCAAUGCAACGCCGUAAAGGACCAAAUGUUGUUGGUUUUUUUGGUAUUUUACAACCAUUAGCUGAUGGUUUAAAACUGCUUAUUAAAGAGCCAGUUUUACCAAGUAGCGCAAAUACAGUUGUUUUUUUAGCAGCUCCUGUUUUAACAUUUUUACUUGCAUUAAUUGCUUGGGCUGUUAUUCCAUUUGGAGAAGGGCUUGUAUUAUGUGAUUUAGAUGUUGGGAUGUUAUAUAUUUUUGCUAUUUCUUCAUUAGGUGUAUAUGGGGUUAUUAUGGCAGGCUGGGCAAGUAACUCUAAAUAUGCUUUUUUAGGAGCUUUACGUUCUACAGCACAAAUGGUUUCCUAUGAAGUAUCGCUUGGUUUAAUUAUUAUUACUGUUUUAUUAUGUGUAGGAUCAUUAAAUUUAUCUGCAAUUGUAAUGGCUCAAGAAGAUGUUUGGUUUGGAGUACCACUUUUUCCUUUACUUUUAAUGUUUUUUAUUUCAUGUUUAGCAGAAACAAAUCGUGCACCUUUUGAUUUACCUGAAGCAGAAGCCGAACUGGUUGCUGGAUAUAACGUUGAAUAUUCAUCUAUGGGGUUUGCAUUAUUUUUUCUUGGUGAAUAUGCAAAUAUGAUUAUGAUGAGCGUACUUUGUGUCAUUCUUUUUUUAGGUGGCUGGUUACCUCCAUUUUCUUUUACAUUUUUAUAUUGGAUUCCAGGCUCAAUGUGGUUAGGACUUAAAACUAUUAUUUUUUUAUUCCUUUAUAUUUGGGUACGUGCUGCAUUUCCACGCUAUCGUUAUGACCAACUCAUGCGUUUAGGAUGGAAAGUUUUACUUCCAUUAUCUCUUGCCUGGGUACUUUUUGUUGCAGGUAUUCUUGUAGCUUUUGAUCUUUUACCCUCGACCUUUUCUCAGUAG